AGAUGGAAGAGGUUCAGACAAAGCCGCGGGAGUACUUUAUAGUGUACCCCAUGGUCCUCAUUAUGACAUACUGGCAUAUCGGAGCGAUGUACGGACUGUACUUAUUGUGUUUCAAUUCUGUGAAGUGGGCUACAUUAUUACUCAACUUCCUAUUAUACGUGGCAACGUGUUGGGGCAUUGGUGCCGGCACUCACCGCCUGUUCUGCCACCGCGCUUACAAAGCGAAUUACCCGCUGCAGGUCUUGCUCAUGCUGUUCCACACUUUCGGCUGCCAGUCUACUGUCAUCAACUGGGCUAGAGACCACAGAUUACACCACAAGUACACAGACACGGAUGCCGAUCCAUACAACUCCAAAAGGGGAUUCUUUUACUCCCACAUCGGCUGGUUACUGGUGAAAAAGCAUCCAGAACUUAUUGAGAAAGGAAAAACUAUAGACUUAUCGGAUUUAUAUGAGAAUCCUGUGUUGAGCUUUCAAAAGAAAUAUUACGUCGCUCUCAGCCUUUUACUAGCCUUCAUACUACCGUCGCUCAUACCAGUGAUCUUCUGGCAGGAAGCCUUGAUCAACUCAUAUCAUUUAUCUCUUGCCCGUAUAGUAAUUGGUUCCCAUUUCGUAUUCUCCAUCAAUAGCGUUGCACACAUAUUCGGCAACAAACCUUAUGACAAAGACAUAUCACCAACUACUAAUGUCACGUUAUCCGUACUCACUUUUGGAGAGGGCUACCAUAACUACCAUCAUGUUUUUCCUUUCGAUUAUAGAACAUCGGAAUUUGGCAAUAACUAUUUGAAUUUUUCAACGAAAUUCAUUGAUUUCUGCGCGUGGAUCGGAUGGGCGUAUGACUUGAAACAUGUUUCUGAUGAUAUUAUUGAGAAGAGAGCGAAGAAAACUGGAGAUGGAAGCGAUUUGUGGGGGCGAGUCCAGACAAAAACUAAAGGAUGAUUUAA